CAAUCUUAGAAAUAAACCUACAUAUCCAACCCUCAUAUAAAUACGCCAUUACCCUACAACCAUAUAUUAUACACAUAGCUAGACAUGGUGAAACCAGCCAUGGCUAGUGUUGAUUCUUCUUCCUUUUCUUCUUGUAAAAAUGAUUCAUUUUCCUCUAACUACAGCAUUGAUACUUGCAAGAUGUACAAAGGGGUAAGGAAGAGAAAAUGGGGCAAAUGGGUGUCCGAAAUUCGGCUUCCCAACAGCCGUGAGCGCAUAUGGUUGGGGUCCUAUGACACCCAAGUGAAGGCGGCCAGAGCAUUUGAUGUCGCACUUUAUUGCCUACGUGGCAAAAGUGCGAGUUUCAACUUUCCUGACACACCUCGACACUUGGAAAUUAAUAUGGUGUUACCAUGUGACAUACAACAACAACCUCUCUCCCAUCCGGAGAUUCAAGAGAUAGCCUCGAAGUUUGCGAACAACGACCACGUCCCUUUGGAGGAGGAGAGUGCUUUUCAAGAACAAGAACAAGACCCCUCGAUGGAGUCACAAAGUGACGAGUCUAAAUCUGCCAAUACAAUAACGGAGAUGAGCAACUUCCCUAAUAUUUAUGAUGGUGGAACUCAUACUAAUGUACAAGUGGAUCAAUUACAAGGGGAUUGGGACAGCAUGGAUUGGACAUUUUUUAACAUGUUGGAUGACUUGAAUGGCUCGGAUUUUGGCCUCUAUUUGGGGCCAGACAAGUUGCACCCGGGUGAGUUUUUGUGUCCCACUCAAGCUCCAAUGCUUUUUCAUGAGGAUGAAAUUGAAGGUGAUGAUGAUCAUGAUGCUUUUUCUAACCAUUCCUUACUUUGGAGUUGGAACUUUUGAUUCACCUGCAAAUUAACUUAGAUACCCUCUACUUUGCAUAAGUUUCAACUAGUAAAUAAUUACUAGCAAGCAAGCCUCUCUAUUAUGUUUUUUUGUAGCCAUUUAUACAUGGCUGUUUCUCAAUUAUAAUAGUUAGGCUAUGACUAGAGUUUAUGUCAAAUGGACCAUAAAGACAAAAAGAAAAAAGACCAUAUACCAUGCCAUAAAUAAUAUUAUAGAAAGUGGCCCGGUUUUUAUUGCCAUCUUUCUGUUUUUUUUUU